AUGACCAUGAAUCCCUAUCUCAGCUGGGCCAUCCUGCUCGUUGUGGCCGGUGGUCUUGGCUGGUACUACACCAACGGCCAAGCCCCGAAGGCCAAAACCGCCAUCCGUACCGCGGUCGAGAAGACCGAGGCCGUUGUUGCGCCGGCCAAGAAGCAAAAGGCACGGAAGCCCAAGGCUGCCGAGCCGGCCAAGAAGUCCGAGGUGAAGACUGUGAUUUCUCCCCCGACCACCGAGGAUGAGCAGCCGGACGAGGAUGUCGACCACAAGGAGAUGGCCCGUCGCAUGGCCGCCAUGAAAAAUGGCACUCCUCUGCCCGCCGCCCCCUCCGCCAAGAGCCAGAAGAAGAAGCAAAAGAAGGCUACUCAGCUCGAGAGUGGAUCCCACGCUUCCUCUACCACCGGUGCUGAGGCCGACGAUGACCUCUCCUCCGUGAACGCCGCCUCCUCGGCCGGCUACGUGUCCGACAUGCUGGAGGCCCCCGCCGCCGGAGCUUCGGUGCUCCGCGUGACUGGCAACAUGGAGAGUGAGCCUAAGAAGCAAAAGGUGCAGUCCUUCAAGCAGGUGGAGACCAAGAAGCAGCGCCAGCAGCGUCUCAAGAACGAGGCGCGGAAGGAGCAGGUUCAGGAGGCCGAGGCCGAGCGCCGGAAGCUGCUUGAGAAACAGCUGCACACCGCUCGCGAGUCCGAGCGUCGCGAGACUGCUCGCUCACAGGCCCCUACCAGUAACGCCUGGCAGACCAAGGCUGCACCCAAGACCAACGGUGCUUCGCAGCCUCCUGCGGCUGCUCCCGUUGCCGCCCCGCAGCUUCUCGACACCUUUGAGCCCUCCGCGGGCGCUCCCCAGAAGAAGUGGUCCCAGAACCUCCCUUCGGAGGAAGAGCAGAUGCGCAUUCUGGGCGCCUCGGGCUCCCAGGUUGACGACGAGUGGACCACUGUCCCCAGCAAGAAGACCAAGAAGAAGGGUGGCAAGGCCGACGAAAGCGAGACUAGUGCCUCCGAGUCUCAGCCUGCCCCUGUGGCUUCUAUGGCUGCUCCCGAGCCUCGCGUAACCGUGACGCCGACCUACAUUCCCGACAUUCUGCGCUCUCGCGAGAAGGGCCACCCGCUGGACUCGGACUGGACUGCUUGA